CCUUAGCGCGAGGCGGAAAAAUACUCUUAGCUCAGCUAGAGGAUUCCUGCAGCCCCCGCUGCAGCUGCCCGCAGCUCUCCCUCUGCUGCUUCUAACAGGCAAAUGGCGGCCCCCGAGCAGCCGCUGCCAAUGGCCAGAGGAUGCCAGAGUUCUUCUGCGCUUUCCCCGCCCCGGGGCGAUCGAACCCUGCUUGUGAGACACCUGCCAGCCGAGCUCACCACUGAGGAGAAGGAGGAUUUGCUCAAGUAUUUCGGGGCACAGUCGGUGCGCGUGCUGUCAGAUAAGGGGCGACUGAAACAUACAGCUUUUGCUACCUUCCCUAAUGAAAAAGCAGCUAUAAAGGCACUGACAAGACUCCAUCAACUGAAACUUUUAGGUCAUACGUUAGUUGUUGAAUUUGCAAAAGAGCAAGAUCGAGUUCAUUCCCCAUGUCCUUCUUCAGGAAUUGAGAAAAAGAAAAGAUCUGAAGACCCUGUGGAAGAUGAUAAAGAAAAGAAAGAACUUGGUUGUUUAACCAUAGAAAAUGGAAUUGCACCAAACCAUGGGCUGACCUUUCCUCUAAAUUCAUGCCUCAAGUACAUGUACCCACCACCUUCAAGCACUAUCCUAGCAAACAUAGUAAAUGCUUUGGCAAGCGUGCCUAAAUUCUAUGUACAGGUGCUUCAUCUUAUGAAUAAAAUGAAUUUGCCCACACCUUUUGGACCAAUUACUGCACGACCUCCCAUGUAUGAAGAUUACAUGUCAUUGCAUGCACCUCUUCCACCUGCAUCUCCUCAGCCUCCAGAGGAUCCUCCUUUGCCAGAGGAGGAUGAGGAAUUUUCUAGUCAAGAAUCAGAAUAUGAAAGUAGUGAUGAAGAAGACCGGCAAAGAAUGACCAAACUAAUGGAACUAGCAAAUCUUCAGCCCAAAAGACCAAAAACAAUAAAGCAGCGCCACGUGAGAAAAAAGCAAAAAAUAAAGGAUAUGUUGAAUGUACCUUCAUCUGCCUCACACAGCAGUCUACAUCCUGUACUGUUACCAUCAGAUGUGUUUGAUCAAUCACAACCUGUCAGUAAUAAAAAAAUUGAAUUCCAUAUAUCUACUGACAUACCAGCUGCAAUUAAGAAAGAGUUAGAAAAGGAACAAAAUUGUGAUGAACCAAACGGUGGGUUUGGAAAGAUCUUCCCAAAACCUAAUUUGAACAUCACAGAGGAGAAUAAAGAGGAUUCCGAUGAAAUGCCAUCAGAAUGUAUCUCGAGAAGAGAGUUGGAAAAGGGAAGAAUUUCCAGAGAGGAAAUGGAAAAACUUUCGGUUUUCAGAAGUUACGAACCUGGUGAAGCAAACUGUAGAAUUUAUGUGAAGAAUUUAGCUAAACAUGUUCAAGAAAAGGACCUUAAAUAUAUUUUUGGAAGAUAUGUUGACUUUUCUUCAGAAACGCAACGGAUAAUGUUUGAUAUACGCUUGAUGAAAGAAGGUCGAAUGAAAGGACAAGCUUUUAUUGGACUUCCAAAUGAAAAAGCAGCAGCAAAAGCCUUAAAGGAAGCUAAUGGAUAUGUUCUUUUUGGAAAACCUAUGGUGGUUCAAUUUGCUCGAUCUGCUAGACCAAAGCAAGAUUCUAAAGAAGGAAAAAGAAAGUGUUAAAAAUUAUUAAAGAAGCAUUCCUGCGUAAAUACUGCUGUGUAUCCUUUCUUGUCGUAUCCUUUUUGGGGGUAGUGUUUUUUGUUUUUCCUAGAAAUGUUUUGUCCCUCUCUCAUCCAUUGAUCCAGAUUAAACAUUUCUUUUUUACAAUUUAUUCAGAUGAUAUUUCUAAAGUUACUGUGUUGAUUGAAGAAAUCUUUUAUGUUUUUUUUUCUUUUUUUUUUUUUUUUAAGAUUUGUUGCUGAAUUUUCUAUGUGUCCUUUAGAUUAUGUAAUUUUUUCAGGGAAAGUUAGUGAAUCAGGUCAACUUAUUUGGAGAAUGUGUGCAUUUGCUUUGACACUGAAUUUAGUCUUGUUUAUUAUAUUUAGGUAUUUCCUAAACCUAAUUCAAUAACGUAUUACUUUCCAUUUUAUGAUGUAUCUGGUUUAGGUGGUCUGUGUAACAUGUUGUAAAAUUUGAUUGCGGAAAGGUUUUUUCAGUAUACAUAUAUUGAAAAUUAAAGUAAAUGGAAUUCUGUGUAAGUUCCAAAUAAGAGUAGUAGACCUUACUCUGAGGUCUUACUGAAAUCUCCUUUAAGAUACAGAGGAAGUAGAAGUAUCUGUUUUCCUUUUUUUUCUAAACAAACCAACCAAAAGGAAUAAGAGUUGACUCAGGGUAGCACAAUAUGUGAAAAGAAACAAUCCUAUAUGUAAGUAUGUAAGAAGAGUAGUUUACAAGGUUGGUGAUCAGAAGCAACUGUAACAGAGGUACUCAGUCUUGAACUGUACACUGGAAUGACCUAGGAGAUUUUUCUUUUUAAAUGAUGAUUUUUAUAAAAUAAAAACAUAACAGCCUGAAAAUAUAUACUGAUGUCUAGGUUCUUCUCCUGGAGUUUUGAGUUAAUUAGUCAAAGUGCAGCAUGGAUAUUAGAAUUUUUCAAACCGCCCAGCUGUAAUUCAAUAUGCAACCAAAGUUGAACAGCACUGAGGACAGAUUUUUGUACAUAAAGAUUCCUGGACUCUAUCCUAAAGCUAAUAAUUUUGAAUCUCUGGGAAUAGAACCAAGAAACUAAUUUGAAAAGGUUCCUGUUAGGUCUAGGUUCUGAAGGACUAAUUACAUCAAGAUACUGUUUUGUUAGAUUGAAAUGGUUAAGUACCUAGUAUCAACUUAGCCCUCUAGUGUUAGAGCCUCUACAUUUCUUUUUUUACAAAUUAUGCUAUUAGUGUUAUUAAAGACAAAAUUCAAAAUUGUGUCAAUCAUUGUCAACCUACGAGGACUAAAAAUUAGGGAUAUUAAAGAUGCUAUUUUUGAUUUCUGUAGGCACAAUUAAAAUGUUUUAUUUAAUGUUAUAAAUGAGUUUCUGUAUUUAUUUAGAUAAUUAAGAAUUUUUAUAUUGACAUGAUUCACUAAUUUUCUAAAUAUGAGUUUUUUAACUUUUAGUUCAUUGAAAACUAAUGACUGUUUUAUAAUCAUGAUUUUUUAAUGGACUUUUAUGGUGUUUUAGGUUCCUUUUGAAUUCCAUUAUCUUUCAAGUACUUUCCAACUUUGAGAAGAAGAAAUCACCAUCUGGACUAUGGAUCUGUGCGUAACAGCUUUUAAAAUGUGUUUAAACAUUUAAUCUAUAUGCAUUUAAAUCAGCUUAUUGGCAGUACAUCGCAUGUAUUUUAAUUAUCUUCUUUAUAUAUAAUAAAUUAUUUUCUU